AUGGAGAGCUGUCCGGCCAAGGCUGUCAUUGCGGGCGGCAUGGGAUUUGCUCUUGGUGGUGCUUUUGGACUGUUCAUGUCCAGUAUGUCAUAUGAUACGCCUCUCACACCGGCCGGUCAAGCUAUUACCAACCUCCCGUUGAGGGAACAACUACGUCGGGGGUUCAAGGAUAUGGGAUCAAGAAGUUUCAGCUCGGCCAAGAACUUUGGUCUUGUCGGCAUGAUUUUCUCUGGCACGGAAUGCUGCAUUGAAUCGUUCCGCGCAAAGAACGAUCUUACCAAUGGUAUUGCGGCAGGCUGCAUUACUGGUGGUGUUUUAGGCGCAAAGGCUGGGCCGCAGGCGGCUGCUGUCGGAUGUGCCGGUUUCGCCGCAUUUAGCGCUGCCAUUGACUACUACAUGCGGAUGCCUUCUGAGGAAUAA